AUGGAUGCUUUUGAGCAGGUAAAAAAUUCCGGUAAAUCCAUGAAGAAAUUUACCAACGCAACAGUUGUUAUAAACUCAAAUGACAAAGGCCUCCGUAUGGUCAAUUUUGUGCAUGAUUUGCAGGUGUAUAAUAACAUGGAAAAUAACAUCAUAUACGUCCGUGCUUGCUGUUGGGCUUCCUAUAAGAUGAAUGUUAAAUACAAGGUGAAAAUGGUUUGUAAACAAAGCGGGACCCCAAAGAUUCUAGCAUCAAAGUGUGGUAGGCAGUGUCCGGCUUGCAACAGUGGGUGUUGUUGUCAUGUUAUGGCGCUCAUAAGGAAACUUGAGGACACGACGAGAAAGUCAGAGCUAAAAAAUAUCACUCCUGACAACAGAUGCUGCACAUCAAAACCGAGGGAAUGGGGAAAAGGGUGUAGACGAGAAAUAGAGUUCUCUCCAGUGAUGGCUUUAAAAAUAACAAAACCAAGACAUGCGUCUGACUUACCUGGUAGGAAGAAAAGGAGUAUUGACUCUCAGUUUUACGACCCCAGACCAUUGAAAUCACAGAAGCUUGAUGCUGAUGGAAUUGUAAAGCUGAGGCAAGAUCUUCAGAAAAUAAAUGCUCGUAUACCCUUUGCUGCUAUGUUACCAGAGGAAAAGACAAUUCAAACAGUAAUGACUAUAGUUGGCACUGUUGCUAAAGGUUCAACAAUUCAUAAGCAACUUCAAGAUUAUUCCCGGCAGCCUCCAAAUUUGGUAGUACCCUAUGUUAGUAGUUCCUCCCUUGCGGGUAGAGAAAAUGUGAAUCCUGUCUCAAAUGGGCAAGCACUGAAUUCAAAUUCAAGUUUGAAUCAUGAAAUCUCUGCUCCACCCUCCACUGUGCAGUGUGAAUCAGAAAUGGCACCCCUUAGCACUCCUUCUAAUGAUUAUGAUGAGCUACAGCUUCAGCAGAUAUCAGAUUGUAAUGUUAAUAACCAACAGCAAGAACAGAAUAUUUUAAGUUUAAUUGAAAGUACAAUUGAUCCAUCUGAAGUACAACUGCCAACAGUCCAAACAGAAACAUUAUUUAUUGAAACUCUUACAGAAAAGCAAAAGCAAAUUGAAAUGACAACAAGAGGACAAUCAACGAAUCCUGCUUGGUUUGAACAAAAGCAAAACAGAAUAACUGCCAGUAACUGU